AUGGGCUAUCCCAUUAACCCAGUUAAAAUCAAACAACCUUUCAUCUCUCGUAAACUCAUUCAAGCUAUAGAAGAGGCACGCGAUCUCGGUCAAGAUCUUCGCCGCGAGGAUCAAUUGCUCCGUUUAUUAGAAAUGGGUGAAAUGAGGAUGUAUGCGACCAUGACUACUCGAUUGAAAAAGGAUGGCUCGAAUUAUGAUGAUUGGGUAGACACUUUGAACGAGAAUGUUUGGUUCGAGGCGAGGUGCACUCGCAAUUACUUGGAUGAACCUCGCUCGGAAGUCCACACCCUUUUCGAUUGGAUUUUGGACAAAGUCCUCUUGGCCAUGAUUCGUGCCACCGUUCAUCGAGACGCUGUCGAGGCCCUUUGCAUAGCCUCAGACCCACAUGACGCCCUCAUGUGGAUCGAAUGGUACUACAAUAUGGAAUGUAAGUGCCUUCUUCGACUGAAAUAUGUUUUGACAAACUCUCAUCAAUCAUCAAUUUGUUCAUGUUUUAGAAUGUACUCACCCGCAUAA